AUGGGAGUGGCAGCACCGAGAAAACGAAGCCGUCAAGCAGUGGCACCUCAGCAAAUCUCCGACAUUCUUCCAGCUCCAAGCCAACGUCAAUCCCAGCCCUCUGAGACAAGUUACACGCUUUCUUCUGUGACUGAGACAGCUACCACAUUAACAGCGACACCCUUCCUCCCGACGAAGCUACUUGUGAGACUAGAAACUCCAACCAGUUUCUCGUCCCCCGUGUUUGCAGCAACAGCAUCAUCUUCACACAGUUCUGCCGUAGCACUUGGCAUCGUCUUCGGCGUCUUCUUCGGCACAAUCAUCUUCUCCUUCAUCGUCUGGCGUCUCUGCCGUCGCCGUUCAACACCGAAGUCUUCAGCAUCAACUUGGCCAUCAUCAGCCAAAGCCACCACCACCAUGCCCGUCAGAUACUCGUCAACCAUGCGCUACCCGCAGAGGCCAACAAUAGCCCGAAUCAAAAGCGGUGACCGUAGAGAGCGAGCAGUACCAAGCGAAGAAGCGGAAAAGGUACAUACAACAGUCAAGGUGGUCAAGGUCAUCCAGUCUGAUGCACCCGUGCAAAGCUCUAAACGGGAUUCCCGCCCAGUUUCACAUGGGACUGGACGGCCACGUCAUCACCGUGAUCUCUCUGUUUCUCGACAUCGAGAGUUCCCGCAUCCGGGCCGACAAGCAGUGGUGGACGUAUCCAGCCCUACUACCGAAAAACGGGAUACUCAUGACGUCUAUCCACCCUCCGAGAGGUCGAGGCACAAGUACGACCUCGACGACAGGCCAGCGGUCAGGGGCAGAAACCGUCAAGACGAUCCUUACCAUCAUCCACCACCGGUGAUAUACGUCGCCGGACGAGCAGCCCAUGAAAGGAGCAGUCGAAGAAGUCACGAGCAGCGGGUACCACAACACCCACAAGGACACGGGCAGGUAACUCACGAGCGGAGACGGAUUAGGAGAUCACAAGCUGCUAGCGUGAGCGUUGUUCAAGACACCCGCGGUACCGACAUCGACGAGGAGGUAUCAGCCGCCGAGCUCAGGCCUGUCGGACAAUAUUGGCGAAGAGCCACCAAGCGUUCCAUCGUCAUCGUCGUCUUCAUGUUCUUCGGAGGGAAGGGGGAACUGGUCGCGACGACGUUCACGUUCGCAGAGUCCGGCCAGAGUCAGGUUCACGCUCCCUUCUGGGGUGGGACAGUAUUUGGAUGCUGA